CAGCCAAGAUGGCGGCGGUGCCCCCCGUGAAGCCGCUCCGGGCGGCACCGCCCGCGGCCGCGAUGGCGGCGGGCGGGGGGGGCCCGUAGGGGCCAUGGGGAACGCGACCGGUCGGGCCCCGCGGCGGGGGGAGCCCCGCGGGAACCCCGGCAGCUUCGACGAGCUCCACCGCCUCUGCAAAGAGGUGUUCCCGCCGCAGAUGGAAGGGGUGAAGCUGAUCGUCACCAAGACCCUGAGCAGCCACUUCCAGGUGACACACACGGUGCACAUGAGCACCCUGGGCCCCUCUGGGUACCGCUUCAAUGCCACCUUCGUGGGGGACCGGCAGCUCAGCCCCACCGAGGUGUUCCCCACCCUGGUUGGGGACAUGGACAGCGCCGGGAGCCUCAACGCGCAGGCCCUUCACCUGCUCGGAGAGCGGCUGCGGGUCAAGGCCGUGUUCCAGAGCCACCAGGCCAAGUUCGUGACGUGGCAGUUCGACGGCGAGUACCGCGGCGACGACUGCACGGCCACGCUCACGCUGGGCAACCCCGACGUGCUGGGCGGCUCCGUGAUCGUGGUGGCCCAUUUCCUGCAGAGCGUCACCGCCCGCCUGGUGCUGGGGGGGGAGCUCGUGUACCACCGGCGCCCCGGCGAGGAGGGGGCCAUCCUCACGCUGGCGGGCAAAUACACGGCCCCUAAGUGGGUGACGACGCUCAACGUGGGCUACGGGGGGGCCCACGCCAGCUACUACCACCGGGCCAACGAGCAGGUACAGGUCGGGGUGGAGCUGGAGGCCAACACGCGGCUGCAGGAGACGACCUUCGCCUUCGGGUACCAGCUCAACCUGCCCCGCGCCAACGUCGUCUUCAGAGGGCUCCUGGACAGCAAUUGGAGCGUGGGGGGGGUGCUGGAGAAGAAGUUGCCCCCCUUGCCCGUCACGCUGGCCCUGGGCGCCUUCCUGAACCACUGGAGGAACCGGUUCCACUGCGGCUUCAGCGUCACCGUGGGCUGAGGGCACGGGGGGCACAGUGGGCACGGGGGGCACGGGGGGCACUGUCCUGCUCAGGGAGCUGCCGGGCCUGGCCCCGGGGGGGCCACAGGGACGCCGCGGCCUUGGGGACACCGUGUGACAGCACGGGGGGGGGCCCGUUGUCCCCCGUGCCACCGUGUGGGGGUGGCUGCUGUGGGUCCCUGGGUGGGGGGGCCGGGGGUCCCCGUUGUCCCCACGGUGCCACCCGGCCGUGCCUCAGUUCCCCCCCCCAGGUGACACACGGGCUGGCUCCGGGGGGGCCUGGUUAAAUAAAGGAGCUUUACUCUGUC